AUGGGAAGCUUACCGAAAAUAGCCUUGCUACAAGAAUAUGUAAGAAAAGAAAAGCAAGAAGAAAUUAAAAGUGCAAUACGCAACGAGCUACGAGGAGUGGAAAGAAGCGAAGAAGAAAUAACACCAGAUAUAACCGAAGCACGCCACCCACAGCCUGAAAAUUUAGAGGAAAUCACCAACGUACGACCUGAAAUUAACUUGAUUUCUGAAAAUACUGAAAGCAAUAGUCCCGAAACUAUUGAAGAACGGGGGAAAUUCUUCCUUGCCGCCUUCGCCGCUGUCCUGGCUUGCGCCAGCGCUGAUGUCUCCGAGCUGGGUUACAGCUACCAGGAACCUGUGUCCUUUGUUCAACCUCAACCCGCCCCCGCUCCGGUAGCUCAGCCUGAUCGCACCUAUGUGCCACCAGCACCUGCACCAGCUCCAGUCUAUGCGCCAGCUCCUGCCCCAGCACCAGCUCCAGUUCACUUCCAUGUACCAGCUCCAGCACCAGCUCCAGCACCAGCUUCAGUCUAUGCACCAGCUCCUGCCCCAGCACCAGCACCAGCUCCAGUUCACUUCCAUGUACCAGCUCCAGCACCAGCACCUGAACCAGCUCCAGUUUAUGUGUCAGCUCCUGCACCAGCACCAGCUCCAGUCUAUGCACCAGCUCCAGCUCCAGCACCAGCUCCAGUUUAUGUGUCAGCUCCUGCACCAGCUCCAGCACCGGCCCCAGUUCAUGUACCUGCUCAAACCUACGUGCCAGCUCCCGCUCCCGCUCCAGCACCAGCUCCAGUUCAUGUACCUGCCCAAACCUACGUGCCAGCUCCCGCUCCAGCUCCAGCACCAGCUCCAGUUGUUGCCCCCACUGAGGAAAUCGAAUAUCACGGAGCUGAUGGCUACCGUUACAAGACUGCCCGCCGUCGCGUCUACAGACGUCGUUAUUAAUUUGAUUUCAUUUGGGUUUAAUCGAUUCAAUUGAAAACCAAGGAAU